AUAGCGCUCCCAUUCAUGGUUUCUUUUCUCACCUUGCCCUCUAAGUGGAUCACUCAGCCUGCCCUCUCUUACAAAAUCAACCCGCCUUUAAUUGAGUCCUUAUCCCUCUCCUCCACCCCGUCCACCUUCCAGUCUCUCCCACAGCCACUUCUCCUGCCUCCUCCAUGGCUCUUCUUCACCGGUCCCAUUUCGAAGGGAGUCGCUGACCUCCGAUUCUCCGAGCUGCGCGUCGUUUGAGCUCAUCACAGCCUCGUGUUUCCUCGGCUCAGAGGUGGCACAGAGGCCAUGAGGCCGCAGCGUUUCCCACGGCGUGGAUUUGAAUUUGUGCUGUCUGUGAUGACUGUCCAACUCAUCGCAGGGUCGACUGGGUUAGUCUGCUACACCGCUGUGGAAUCGCUGGACUUAGGUUGCCUCCUGCGGUGGGAUUGUCCCCAUGCCAGUCCUAAUAUCACCUACACCGUGCAGACAAAGACUCAGGGGGAUCCGUGGCAGGACGUCCCGUGGUGCGUUUGGAUCUCCUCCCGGAGCUGCGACGUCUCCCAGGUCUUUUCUAACUUUGAGCUCUACAACAUGAUUCGCCUUGGAGUCCACCUCAGCCCCAGCUCCAUUGUUUGGAUUAAGCCACACAAGUUUGACUACAGCGACUUCACCUUCAGCCCUCCGUCCGUCUCCGUCUCUUGGAACAACGACAGCCUGUCUGUGAAGGUGCAGUUCCCCUGCGCUACCAGCAGGGGGUGCUCUCGUGACGUGUGUUGUCCCAUCUCGACGCUAAUAGACCCCUGGACCACCGUCACCGUGUUCAAUGAGCUCAACCGCUCAGACAACCAGAGCCGCACGGUUUGGACUCAGGAAGUGGUUUCCGUCGUCAAGUUCUCGGGUUUGUCUCCGGGUCAGAACUACUGUGCCGAGGCCAACUUCUCCUUCCCGACCUUCUCCAUGGCUGCUUCCCCCAAAUCCGCUCCGGGGUGUGUUGAAACUGGCUCCAGAUCAGGGAUGCUGCCGAUGCUGUGUCUUGGAACCAGUCUGUCCUUUGUGUUCCUUCUGUUAUUUCUCUUGGUGUUUCUGCGGAAACUCAGACGGGACCAACCGGCCCGCAACAAUCCACCCAAGGCCCUGGCAACUUCUCAGGACGCGGAGUCUUUGGCUCCCCCCGUCUGUGUCCCCGUCGAACCUUGUGACCCCUGUGACCCUUGUGACAUCCACCUGGAGCUAAUAGACGACCACGGCUCCGUCGACUGGAACGUAGAAAACAAAAGCUCAAGCCAACUUGUGCAUCGUGAUCCCAGCGGGGGUGUGGUAUGUUGUCACAAUGGAGGACAGAGGCAGAAAAAAGGCUUGGACUCUGGCGUAAGGAAUCCCACUUUGUCCCACUUCUAUGUGGAGACGUCAGAUGAAAACUGAAACGCCGAGACUUUUAAAAACGUUUUCCCCCCGCAUCGCUUCAGUACGCUCGCUUCACACUGGAUUAGGAACACCUCAUGAUCUCCCGGUCUCCCUACUUUGCCAGAAAUGUUUUCCACAGCUGCUUUUUCUGUGGAAACUUCCUACAACAGAGCGAGUUUCAUGGACCGCCAACAUCAGGAGAAAACACAUCCAGGAUUUACCUGAGUCUAGUUUCCGUCUUCUAAUCCAACAAAACUGGUGUCAAAACGUUUGAGCGGUAAAACAUUUUGCUUGUGCUGCUAUCAUUUAGAUAUUAAUAAAUAAAAGUUUCCAGCAGUCGUCGUCACCAUCUUCAAAAUCAAAAGCAGCACAAAUGAAAAUGUUUGCUGCACAAACGUAGCCGAGUUGUCAGAUGUAUUAAUUGUAAGCAUGGAGAGGAGGUUGACCUCUAAUGACCUCUGAUGACUUUUUUUAAUCAAAAUCUUUAGAACGAUAGCGGCACAAAUGAACCAAAGCCAGCACAAACGCAGCACAAACGCAGCACAAACAUUUGACACCCAUUUUGUUAGAUUCGGGUGACGUGGGUUGGCUGGUUGACCUGUUGACCUUUAAACUUUCACUAAUUUCUUCAAAGCAGAAGCAGCACAAACAAAACAUUUAUAUGAACAGGUAGAUGAGUUGACUGACACUGAUUUGAAAAAUGUUAGGGGUUUUUGUUGACCUUUUGUGACUUCAGGGAACAUUUAUUAACAUCUUUAAAAUGAUAGCAGCACAAACGACAAUCUUUGCUGCGCAAACCUUUGACAGAAAGAUAAAAGGAUGCAGAUGAAGGAGGUUUCUGCACAAAGUGCCUUCCUGAGUAAAUCUCUUUUUUUUUCUUUUUUUUUUUUUGAAGAAGAAACUCUCCACUUUGGUGAACCAGCCUAUGUACAAUUUGGAGGUGUGUUCGCUUCUCCACAUUUCAUAACCCUAUUCCUCCAGUAAUGUGGAACGCAGAGUGCAAAAUGAAGACUUUCUUGGUGACCUGUAGGUCUUCAGAAUGGAAAAUGACCCACACUUAUACUGCCAAAUCAGUUACAAAGUGGCCUGAGGACAACAAAGCCAAUGUCUGGGGGUGCUAUAGGCCUUCAACCAUUUGGUUUACUUUAACGCCGUGGCCCGGUUCUGGUCCAGGAAACACAUCUGUAAAUUCACUACUUGAUGUGUUUCAAUGACAAGACUCUAGGUUCACUUUACUGUAGAAGCUGCAUGAAUAUUUAAAACACAACGGUCAACAAUGACUCGUUUUACAUAAACCAGAUAAACGUCGCACUGAUUUUACUUUAGUUCAGACUUAAGAUUUGUUUAUUUCCAAUAUUUAAAGCACCUAAGCCCAUGUUUUUGCUACAUAUUGCCUAUGAUUAAACACAUGUAUGCCAUGUUGGCAGAAUUUGCUGUUGAAUGUUGCACUUUCUAUCAAAACGGAGUUCUGAAAGAACAUUGUAAUGUAAAGAAUUAUCUAAACCAGAGAGAAUAAGCAAGCGCUAAUCCAGAGCUGUUUUAAAACAGUUGUAAGAAGCAAUUCAUUUUUAAAGAGAUGCCUCUGAAACAGACUGGUGAUUUAUUCCCAGUCGUUCUUGAAUUUUGUUUUUCUUUUUUGACCGGAUGUUUCAGGUCAUGAUGUGUUCCAGUUUGAGACCUUUUGGUCUAUUUUACGUUUUUAGUUUCUAUUAAAGUUUAUUAAUGA